AUGUUAAAUAAAAUCAAAAUUGAUUCAGAAUCGCGCUUAAGUGAAGAAUAGAAAAUCAAAGAUCGUAGAAGGAAUGUUAUCAUACUUAUUCAGCGUUAUCUUGUGAAUGCUGGCUAUAUUGAUUCGGCAACAAAAUUAGGAACAGAAUCAAAUUUGUCUUUGAAUUAAUAUGAUGCAGCAGACAACAUAGAUUUAUACAUGAUACUAUGUGAAUUUGAAUAGUUUUAUGAAAUGAAAUUCAUGAAACCUCCAAAACUAGUAAAGAAGGUUGAUGGCUAAAACACUCCUGGAUUACCUCGAAUUCCAAGUUCAGGAAAAAGCAGUAGUACCAACACUAGUAAUUCAAAUAAUCAAAAUUCUACAGGUUCUAAUAAGAAAAGUACCUAGUAAUCUAAGGAGAAGGACAACAAUAAUAAGGAUGCCAAAAAUGAGCCUGAUUCACUUGAAAUUUAAGGAACAGGAGUUUAAUAAAAAUAAUCAAAUAAUGAAGAGUCAAAUCAAAAGGACUGGUUUGAUCCAAGAGUUUUAAAAGGAUUGCCUGAUUAUUCUGAUGUUCCUGAAUUUCAACAACUAGCAGCUUAUUUACAAAGAGAUAUAUGUUCUGAAAAUCCGAAUGUGAAAUUUUCUGAUAUAGCAGGCUUGGAUUAAGCCAAAAAAUUGCUAAAGGAAGCAGUGUUAGUCCCGUUGAAAUAUCCUCAUUUUUUCUAAGGGAUCUUGGAACCAUGGAAAGGUGUUCUUUUGUUUGGACCUCCUGGAACUGGUAAAACUAUGCUAGCAAAGGCUGUUGCUACUGAAUGUAGAACCACAUUUUUCAAUGUUUAAGCUUCAUCAGUUGUUUCUAAAUGGAGAGGAGAAAGCGAAAAAUUGAUUCGUGUUCUUUUUGAUUUAGCAAGGCAUUAUGAGCCAAGUACAAUUUUUAUAGAUGAAAUGGAUUCGAUUAUGGGAUAAAGAGGAUCAGCUGGUAAUGAACACGAAGGGGGAAGAAGAAUGAAAACUGAAUUACUUAUACAGUUAGAUGGUUUAUUAAAAUCUAAAAAAAGAGUCUUUUUAUUGGCUGCAUCAAAUCUACCAUGGGAUUUAGAUAUUGCCAUGUUAAGAAGAUUAGAAAAAAGAAUAUACAUACCAUUACCUGACCAAGAAUCAAGAGAGUCGAUGAUUCGUCGAUAUAUUCCUUAAGAAAUGAGUGAAAAUCUCAAUUAUCCAUAAUUUGCAGAAGCUCUUAAAAAUUACAGUGGCAGUGAUAUCAAAUUAGUCUGUAAAGAAGCAGCCAUGAAACCUCUGCGAAGACUCCUUAGUUAAAUUGAGGAUAUUUAGGUUGAUGUUAGAACUGCGAAAUAGAAAAAAUAAUAAAAUUUGACAUCAUAUGAUGAUGUAAGACCUGGACCAGUUACAGAAACAGAUUUUGCAGAGGCUAUGAAUUAAGUAAAGCCUUCACCGAGUGUUUUCGAGAAUCAAUACUUAAAAUGGGAAAAAGAGAGUGGAUCUCAUGAUUUUCGUUUGUAUACUAUGGCUUAAAAUUCUGUUGGUCGUUAAUAUUUUCUUUAGGAGAAUUGUCCUAAAAAUGGAUUCUAAAAGGUGAUUUCAAAUAGUGAUGGUAACAUAGGAGGAGAUUUAGAAUGCAUCUGA